UACAAACCGUUAAGACGACAGUUGUCACUCUCAGCACUGUGAGAAUGGACGUUGCACUUUUGUAAAAUUAAGUCACUCUGAAACAGUGCAAAUGAUUUUGACAAGAAAGGCAAGACGUAUAGGCCUAUAUAGAUUAGGCUUUUCUCAAGUCGGACAACACUUUGUGAUUUUGUUUACAAAUCUAUCAUCUUUCCAAGGUAAACUUUUGCAGGCUGUAUGAGCAAAGCGCACUUGAAAGCUUUCACAUUAUUCUCAACUAUUGACACACAUUCGGCGUUCUUUUGUUGGAAGAAGACAUGGCAAACAACCGGAGGAUCACUCUGCCCGUUACUGGAAGUCUUAAUACCAUUCACUCAAGCAAGAACUUCGUAGCUAAAUCUUUCUCUUGUUUUUGAAUAAUGAAUUGUGCGAAAGUUGAGACAGACUAUUGUGAGUUACUAAAAAGACACUUGCAAAUUCUAUGAAGACGUUCCUUUUUUUUCAAGAGAGAUUAAUCCAUACAUCGUGCAACGAAAGGGAUUAGUGCAGAUUUAGAAGUUGUGCCUAUAUAUGAUCUCUUAUUUUGUUCAGGGUGGAAUUUAGAACUUGGAUCAAGCACCUCUCCUGGAAUACACCCGAGGACUGUUUUCGGGAUGAUUAUUACCUUUCGAAAAUCUCAAAUUUAUUGAAAUGGUGUAAUGAGUCCGUAAAAAACGGUCGUUACGAAGGAGUGCACAAAGUGAGUUAGAUCAUCAGUAGCACAGGGAUUCUCCGUUUUUAAACGUGACUAUUAUUUUGUUUAAGAUGGCGUUGGAUGAUAAAAGAUAGCGGUCUAUGCAGGAAAUAGAUGAGUACACCCUUUCUCUAGAGAAGGGUCGAGGACAUACUCCACAAGGAUCACCUGUUAGAUUAAAAAGUGACGGAACAGAUAAAAGUGAAAACGAUGAAAUUGAGAUACAACAUCACCCAUUCUUCAAUCCCUGGGUCUACGUGACCAUGACAUGCAUUGCUAAUGUAAUGUAUAUCUCAUCCAUUGGUGGGUAUGUGAGCGCAUCUCUCAGUACAAUUGAGCAACGAUUUCAACUAAAGAGUUCCGAGUCUGGGGCGAUUACCAUCAUCAACGAUGUCGCCGGCAUGCUUUCGAUCCUCUUCGUCACGCACUUUGGUCAUUCACGGCAUCGCCCGAGGAUCGUUGGUACGGCGUUCGCUCUGUCAGGUCUCGGAACCAUUCUGUGUGCUUUACCUCAUUUCUGCUACAACCCACCGGUUGCCAUGAUGCAGAAGAUGUCUGGUUCAUGGGGUUCGAAUGAAACCACUUCACACGGGGGUGAUGGAUUGGCUUACCAGGAUAUGUGCAGUCCGGGAGAUCCUUCUCAACCCUCACAACCACGUAAGACAAUAGUGACUUCAUAUAAAUUUUUGUCUCGCCUGCAAGAUUAUAGGCGCCGCUUUUCCAACGGCGGUGGCGGCGUGAACAUUGAAAUCUUAACCGAAGGUUAAGUUUUUGAAAUGACAUCAUAACUUAGUAAGUUUUUCUGGGGGGGGGGGGAAGGGUAGAUAUUUUUAGGACGGGUUGUUUUGUCCUUCACCAAACUGUAUAUUUUUUUAUUUUUUAUUACUUUGUAUUUAUUUUGUGAGUAUUUCCCUCUCAUUUAUUCAUUCUUUUCUCAUUUGAUUAUCUGUAUUUAUACUUUGUUAUUUUGUUAUUUGUUGUGUUAUCUAUUUCUUGAGGGGCCCACAUUGUACAAGCAUUGCUUUUUAGUGGGUCCCUCCAUUUCCAUCUUAAUUUAAUUUCUAUUGAAAAAUAGUAUAUAUAUUUAAAACCUACAAUGUGUUGCCCAAAUCGUCUAAGUGUUUUUUUUUUUCACUACAUAUGUAUAAUUAAUUUUGUUUGCAACGGAUACAAAUAUUUAUGUUUUAUAUAUGGUAUACAAUUUGUUUUUGUUUGAUGGAAGUGAAAUAAAUGAAUUUGAAUUGAAUUUGAAUUUAAGUAUAUAGACCUAGUUCGUGAAACUUGGACAUAAAAGUAAUCAAGUAUUACUGAACAUCCCAUGCUAGUUUCAAGUAACAUGACCAAGGUCAAAUGUCAAUUAAGGUCAAUGACUUUUGGCCAUGUUAGGGGUAAUUGUUGAAUUGCCAUAACUUUUAAAGUAUAUGGAUAUAUAGUUUAUGAAAUAUGGACAUAGGGAUAAUCAAGAAUCACUGACAUGUCUUAGGUCACAUGAUCAAGGUCAUAUGUCAUUUAGCGUAAAUGAACGUGUAUCAUCAUAUGAAUGGUUACUGUUUAUCGUGAAUGAUUAUUUUAUAGUAGUUUUUUAAAGUGAGCACUGCUGCUAUACUGAAUCGCGUAAUGCAGGCGAGACUACCAGAGGCGCUCCAUGCAUUUGUUAAACAUGUUUCCCCAGGUGCAACCUCAAGGAAUUUUAAUAUUAGAUGUGGGAUUAAAAAUUCUAAAAUAAAAAUAUAACAACUUAACUCUCUUCUUCCUUAUUUUUUUUUUUUUUUGGGGGGGGGGCCUAUUUUUAUAUUUCUUGUGGUUUACGGAUUGCUGUAAGUUGUUAUUCCAUUAUUGUACUUUUAUAAUUUAGUUACCUGUCUGCAAAAGAUUUCUUAUCUUUGUUUUGCAUAAUACAUCUUCGUCGAAUAACUGUUUCCCAAUAACAUUUUUUUAUUUUACCACUUACCAUUAUCUCACUAUCGUGAUCUUCAAAAUGAUUUUCAGGGAAGUUUGUAUAUAAAUCAAUUUGCAUUCUUGCAUGAGACGACUGUGAAAAUUUUACAAAGAAGAAAACAAAAUCUAAAUAACACUAUAUUUUUACAUUCUUACUGAAUAAUCCUACCAUUUAUAACUUUGAAAUAUUUUAACGAAAAUGGUAGCAUCUCGCAUAUUAUUAUAAUAAUGAUAGGCCUAAUAGUAAUAAUAAACGAUAUGAUAUAUCAUUCUACUCUGCAGAGCGCCCAAGUCGCAUUGAAUCAAAGAAUAGAGAGAUAAGUGAAAUUUAAAAGGAAGGGGCGCAAUGAUAAUUAAGGAAUAUGAAGCAUUAAAUAUAGGCGUGUCUUGAAGUUGAGUGUUAGAAGAGAAAGAAUAAAUGUCUCAAAUAUUUUUUUCGGUUUAUAAAAAUGAUUAUCACCCCUGACUGCACGGAUACUAAUUAAAAUAUUUGUAAUAAUGUAUUUUUCUAGCAGGUGAUAACAUCUUGUAACAAUUUGAAAUCUUGUUUACAUAUUCUUCACAUGGUCCAUGGUUCAAUAAGGUGCAUAUGAUUAUAGAACCUUAAAUUAAUAUUUAAAACAAAUCCAUGUACUUAUGUAGUGCACUGUGUGACUCAAUAGAAAUGAGAACAAUGCGAUCUCAACAUUAUGUCCACCUCAGUUAAAAAAUUCCCGCCAUUCUAUAUAGAAACGCUAAACAUAGCUUAUUCAGCACUCAUAUGAGUUUACUGUUGUCAUUAUAGAUAUAGUCAGAUGGCAAUAGAACACUUACACAUAGGCUUCCCAAAUAUAUGAAAAUAUUUAUUGAAAGACUUGGCAC